AUGCCCGCUAAGCCAGACACGCCCCUGGCCGACCAGCUUCGGUCCGAGUUUUGGGAGUGGCAUCGCAAGGACACGCAGCUUCUGUACGAGUACAAGGUGGCGUAUAGGGCCUGGAAGAUGUACAUCGCCAGCGAAGACAACAAGGCGAGCCCCGACUACGAAGCCAAGUCGAAGGAGCUCAUGACGACCGGCAUCAACACCCAGGUCGCCUGGGCUAAGCAUCACCGCUCCUUCGAGAACUGGAAGGCCGCCAACCCCGCGGUCGAGUUCAUCAUCAACAACAUUCACAACGACCUGAAAGCCUUCAACGCUGCCGAGAACGAAAAGACGCAGCGCGCCGAAUUCAUAAGGGAGCUCAAGGGCAAGGACGAAGAAGUCCAGAAGACCGAGCUCUCGGAAUACGACAAUUGGCUGAACCUCAUCAAACAGGCCCGGCUGAGGGAGAUCUGGCGGGACCGAGUCGAGGCUCAGACCAAGGCCGAGGCAAUGAUCAAGGCCCAGCGCCAAGCCGUCAUCGAUGAGCAGAACCGGAUCGCCGCCGAAGAGGCACGCAAGAAAGCCGAGGCGGAGGCCGAGGAGCGCCGCAAGCAGGCCGAGGCCGAGGCCGAAGAGGAGCGCAAGAAAGCGGCGGCCAAGGCUGAAGAGGAGCGCCAGGCGGCGGCGGCAAAGGCUGCGGAGGAGGACAGGGCCUUCUUCGAGGCGAUGAGCGCUGCCCUGGCCGCGGAAGGCAUUGGCAUGCAAAACAGCGGUGGCGAGGACUGGGGAGCCCAACUUUCUGCCCCAGAGGUAGCGCCCACUGGCAGUGACCAGGCCAGCAACCAGAACAACCAAGCCAUCCAGACCGGCCCCGGCGAUGGCAACUCGGACAACUUUGAGCAGCAGUUCCAGGAAGCCUUCCAAUUCCAAGAUGGUUCCAACCUGCUAUUCGACGAGCCGUUCGAUUUCGAGCGCAUCUUCGCUGCGCAGGAGGCACAGCCGCAGACCGCCGAACAGUCCAACGUCGAACCCUCAGUGCUGGGUGGUACGGACCUGAAUGGGUCUGUCCCGUUCCCAGAAUUUCCGUUCUUUGAUGGCCAGGCCGACGGUGCCAUGGACCAGGACUUCUUCUCGGCCGACGUGCAGGCGCAGUUUCCAGCCAUCUCCGAGGCCAUCUCGGCCAAUGCCAACACCUCCGUUGCUCAGGCUGAGGAGACGAACGAUCUGGUGCCGGCCAAAAAUCCUAGUGGCAAGAAUAAUAAGCCUCGAGACCGUAAGGGAAAGGCUGCCGCCAACGCUCAACCCAGCAACGAGCUCACUUUGGGUUUCCCGUCGACCGCCCCCGGCCCGAUUCAGCAUCAGCAGGCGCCUCAGACAGCCGAUGCUUCCUUCGGCCUCGAUCAAGUUAGGGCCUCGGACCCGUUCGUCUUAGAUGGUGUCCAGUUCAGUUCCCUCAACGAUGGCCAAGGCAUGGCCAGCACCAGCAUUCCCAGCACGGCACAGGCACCUUACGGACCUGUUGGUGGUACCGUCCAGCAGCCGGAGCAAGCGCCCGCAAAGACACAGGCGUCCUCCGCAGCUGGCAGCCCGGCGGCGCAGCAGAACACGCAGGUCCUCGCGGACUACUCCAUCUUCAUGGCGCAGCCGUCUCAGUCGGCGCGCCGGUCUCCUGCUGUGAGCAGCCUCCCGGGCCGUUCCUCGGGGACUCCGGAAAACAAGCGCAAGGCGUCUCAUGGCAUGGAGACACCGACCAAGCGCCGCCAGAGCGUGAAUCAACAGGGCGCCAUCGUUCCGAUUGCCCAGCCGCCUCCUCUGCCGGCGGCCACCCAGGGCGUGCCGACACCCGCCCAAGGCGUCCACACUCCGGCUCGCAGCGUGCAGGUUGCUGCCCAGACCUACAGCACUCCUCAGCAGAUUCCGAUCGACCCGGCGCUCCACUUCGGUGUCUCGCCGCCCAGCCGCUAUACGACUUUCGGCACCGCGAUCAAGGCCGGCGUGUGCGCUGUCGUCAAAGCCAUCUUGACGGAGGCCAGAACCCACGGCACGGUCCUCACACAGGUCUUACUGGACGGUCCUGACGCCGACUUUGGCACUCCCGAGACCAAGGGUCGCAUCAAACAGGCCACCAGAACUUACCUCGACGAGGUCAACGCAUCAAACCCCGAGAGUGACCGGCAAGCGUUCAACAGCGGCGCCUACAAAGCCUUCCACGGUAUCGUCCGGGAGAUCGAGCAGCACGGCACCGUCUUCGGAAAGGAGUUGCUCGUGGGCCAGCCCACCGGUCACGAGCUCCUGGCGGUCAAGCGGUCCAUGGCAACCAGGUACAGGGAGGUCAUCGCGUCGUACACGUCGCCCCCCAGAGUCGACAAUGCCUCUGCCUCGUCGGCCCAGAUCCAGCAGACUCCGACCCGCGGCUCGCGCGCCGCCUCGCAGCAGAACGACAUGGUCAACUCACCGGCCUUGACUGGCAGUCCCGUCCAGGCCCCCGCCAGCUCUCCGCCGCAGAACGGCCACGCCAGCUCGCCGGCUACCGAGCACCCCUAUCCGCUCCUGCCGCUGGAGAACGGCUCUUCGCCUCAGGUGCCGGGCUACGGCGCUUCGACCUCGCAGAUAAUCGGAUACGACACGCCUUCCUACCAGCAGCAAGGUGUCCCGGCCAUGCCCGCAGGGGCGGCCUCCGCCUCGGCCGCGGCGACAGUCUCAGUCAACGAGAUCCUCGAUCGAAUCGCCAGCCGCACUCCUUCUGCCCAGCAGCAGCAGGAGGCCAAGAAGAAGAAGACGCCGGCCCCGCGCAAGCCCCGCGCGCGCAAGUCCUCCUCCACGGCCGCCGCCACCGCGGCCAGCAGUGCCAACCCCGGCGACAACACCUACAUGCCUACCAACGCCCCGAUCCCGACCCCCGGCUCCGCCUCCGGCAGCAAGAGCAACAACAACAAGAGCGCCGGCAGCAAGAAAACCGGCCACUGCAUCCCCAAGAUCUACUACCGCUUCUCAGACCAGGCGUUCUACAUGGUACUGCAGCACUCGCAGACGGAGGAGCAGGCGCAGGACGCCGCGACCACCGCAGCGGCGACUGGCGCAGCGCCGCCGCCGCCGUCGCACCACCGGGUGGGCCGCGGCACGGCGGCGACCGAGGCGGCGCUGGGGCGGUUCCUGGCGGCGGCGCGCGAGCGGCUGGGCGUCGAGCAGUGCCCGGCCUGGUUCGUGUACCGCGACUGGCUGGGGCUGGAGCGGAACCUGGAGGACCUGCAUGCGGCCGUC